AUGGGCUUGAUCCAAGAUGUCGGCGGCCCGCUGGCCGAGGGCUUCUCGCGCCUCGGGCUGGGCUCGCAAAUUGGUGUCGCGAUUGGAGGCAUCCUGUUUCUGAGUGUGUUCUUGAACGUCCUCAAGCAGGCGCUGGUCAAGAACCCCAAUGAGCCGCCCAUCGUCUUCCACUGGUUCCCCUUCGUGGGUAGCACCAUCACGUACGGGAUGGAUCCGCCGCGGUUUUUUGACGUGAACAGGCGCAAGUAUGGCGAUUGCUUCACCUUCAUUCUUCUCGGCAAGAAGACGACCGUCUACGUUGGCCCCAAGGGCAAUGAGUUCAUCCUCAACGGCAAGAUUCGCGACGUUUGCGCCGAGGACAUCUACACCGUGCUCACGACACCCGUUUUCGGCAAAGAUGUGGUCUACGACUGCCCCAACUCGAAACUCAUGGAGCAAAAGAAGUUCAUGAAGGUUGCCCUCACCACCGAGGCGUUCCGUUCUUACGUGCCCAUCAUCGCAGACGAGGUCAACGACUACUUCAAGCGCUCUACCGACUUCAAGGGCAAGUCCGGCGUUACCAACAUCUGCCCCAAGAUGGCCCAGAUCACCAUCUUCACCGCAUCCCACGCCCUGCAGGGCAAGGAGAUCCGUGAUAAGUUCGAUGUGACCCUGGCCGACCUCUACCACGACCUUGACAUGGGCUUCUCACCGAUCAACUUCAUGCUGCACUGGGCCCCUCUCCCCUGGAACAACCGCCGCGACCACGCGCAGAGGACCGUCGCCAAGAUCUACAUGGACACCAUCAAGUCGCGCCGUGACCGUGGCGAGACCGGCGCCCAGGAUAUCAUGUACCACCUGAUGAACUCCACCUACAAGAACGGCGUCAAGGUUCCCGAUCACGAGAUUGCCCACAUGAUGAUCGCCCUCCUGAUGGCUGGCCAGCACUCUUCCUCGUCCACCAGCUCCUGGAUCAUGCUCUACCUGGCCGCGCGACCGGACAUCAUGGAGGACCUGUACCAGGAACAGAUCAAGAACCUCGGCGCUGACCUGCCCCCGCUCACCUACGAGGACCUGGCCAAGCUGCCCCUCAACCAGGCCGUCAUCAAGGAGACCCUCCGCCUCAACGCCCCGAUCCACUCCAUCAUGCGUGCCGUCAAGCAGCCCAUGUCCGUCCCCGGCACCAAGUACGUCAUCCCAACCAGCCACGUCCUCCUCGCCGCCCCCGGCGUAUCGGCCUCAGACCCGCAGUACUUCCCGGAGCCCGAUCUGUGGGAGCCGCACCGGUGGAGCAAGGAGUCGCCGCUGGCGCCCAGCAUCGUCCGGCAGGGCGAACCAGACGAGGACGACGAGGAGAAGAUCGACUACGGUUACGGCCUGGUCAGCAAGGGCGCCGCAUCGCCGUACCUGCCGUUCGGCGCCGGCCGCCACCGCUGCAUCGGCGAGAACUUUGCCAACGUCCAGCUGCAGACUAUUGUGGCUACGACGGUGCGCCUGUUCAAGUUCCGCAAUGUCGACGGCAGCAACAAGGUCAUUGGUACCGACUAUGCGUCGCUCUUCUCGCGCCCGCUUGAGCCGGCGAACAUCCAGUGGGAGAGGCGGGAUACGGAGUAA